AUGGCCACCGCCAAUGUUCUCGUCCCUGGAGAGGCCUCACCUCUCCUCAAGAUGCAUUCAGAGCCUAUCAGGUUCCCUCUCCCACCUGUGCUGACGCAGCCGCCCUCCCUCUCUGCAUCUCUGGGAGCAUCAGCCAGAUUCACCUGCACCCUGAGCAGUGGUUUCAAUGUUGGUGACUUCUGGAUAGGUUGGUACCAGCAGAAGCCAGGGAGCCCUCCUCGGUAUCUCCUGUACUACCACUCAGAUUCAGACAAGCACCACGGCUCUGGGGUCCCCAGCCGAUUCUCUGGAUCCAAUGAUGCAUCGACCAAUGCUGGGGUUUUGCUCAUCUCUGGGCUCCAGCCUGAGGAUGAGGCUGACUAUUACUGUUGUACAUAUCAUGGCAACUCAAAGUCUUUCACAGUGCUUCAGACCCAUGGGGAAGUGAGACAAAAACCUCUCGCACAGCUCUGA